UAGAUAAACUUAGAGAUGGCGCUACCGUCUGCGUGCGCAGGUUCGCGCCGGCUAUUUUCAAUGCAACGUGGUGCCUGUGGUGUUACGCGCACCUUAUACAGGUCAUUGAUUACUGGUAGCUCUUCCAGGUGUGUCAGUCUUCUGUCGCCGUCUGUCCACGCAAGACGUACAACUGUUAUUCUUAACCACUUGUGUCGAUUCACUCCCAUUUGCAACAUGUCGUACUCCAUCGUUGAGCGAGGUGCACCAAACAGUCUGGACUAUCGCGUCUUCUUCACCAACCCAAUGGGAAAAGUGGUCUCUCCCUUCCAUGACAUCCCCCUGUAUGCCAAUACAGAGAAGACAGAGUUCAACAUGGUGGUCGAGAUUCCACGAUGGACCAACGCCAAAAUGGAGAUCUCUAAAGAAGAAAGGAUGAACCCAAUCAAACAGGAUGUAAAGAAAGGAAAACUGCGAUAUGUUAAAAACAUCUUCCCUCACCAUGGCUACAUCUGGAACUAUGGCGCCUUCCCUCAGACAUGGGAAGACCCAGCAGUAGAGUUCCAGGAAACGAAGACGAAAGGAGACAAAGAUCCACUAGAUGUCUGUGAAAUAGGUUACAAGGUUCAGAAGCGUGGUGCUGUGAUACGGGUAAAGGUUUUGGGCACAAUGUGUCUGAUUGAUGAAGGUGAGACAGAUUGGAAGGUGAUCGCUAUUGAUGUCACAGAUCCAUUGGCAGCUCAGCUGAAUGAUAUUGGAGAUGUAGAAGAGAAAAUGCCUGGCUUUUUGAAGGCAACAUAUGAAUGGUUCAAGUAUUACAAGGUCCCUGAUGGUAAACCAGUCAAUCAGUUUGCCUGGGAUGGAGAAGCAAAAAAUAAAGAUUUUGCUUUGACGAUUGUAAAAGAAGCUUAUGAACAAUGGCAAAAUCUUGUUGGGAAAACCAACGAAUCUGGUAUUGCAUGUGAGAAUACGUGUGUGGCAGGCAGCCCAUACUCUGUAGAAGGAGAUGAUGCUCAACAGUUUGUACAAGAAACAACAGCACCCGCCUCAGCACUGGCUAUUGAUCCUGAAGUGUGUGUCGACAAGUGGUACUACCCUAUUCCCUGAGGACUGGGCUGACUGAGGCUUGGAGUGGAAAGCGGAUGACUCAAGUAUCUAUUCACUCUCGCACGUCGCCGGAAAUCUACAUUACUAUCAUUUGAACCAUGAAAGCUUAUAUUUAUAGAAAAAGUAUCAGUAGGCGUUUUUAACUGUAUGUACUGUUACUACAAUAUUUAAAACAAAUUAAAAAAUGUAUUCGAUACCUUGUGCUGCACAUUUGGUUCCAAAUUCAAUUCAGCAAGGUUAAAUCUAUUGGUAACCUUGUGUCUUCAUUGAAAACAGGAUGUUUAUCUCCUAAUUGACUGCCAAAAGUGUCCCAUUCGGGUUGUAUCUACAUUCAUGUUAUUUCUGUUGAUUUCGGUGCUGGGGCUACGAGAUUAGGCGCUUCUGCUAGAGGCAGUUUUAUCUUCCAUUUCUAAACUGUUUGCUUUUAUGUAGUCUAAAAUAAUCAUCCAAUUGAGGUGUUGUCCACAGGUUAAAUUGUACAUUUUACAUAUUCAGAAUGAAGAGUGAAUGUUUUCAACAGAUUGUGUUUGAUGAUGACUUGCCAUGUUUCUCUGUAUACAAAGUGAUACAUCUGAUCUGUCCAUGUCGUGGUACGACCCAGUAUGUUGGGGGUCUGUACUUGUCUGUCUGUCCGAUGUGUUGUGUAGCUUCUGUCCACAAGGAACCUGUGAUGCCUGCCCAUGUGCUACUGUCCCAAGCUGUACACUCGGAAUAAAUUCAACAUAUAGA